CAGGGACCCGUGCUCUUUGCUGCGCAGAACAACAAUCUGCCUGCUGUACCGGAUUGAAUGGCGUCUCCCGGAUGCCGGAUCGUCGGUAUCGAUCUGGAAAGCGCUUCCUGUUUUACGCGGCUGUUCAAGACGGGGGACAGCAUGGUGCGGAGACGCAGCAGUCGAUCAGAUGUUCAUCGAGAGAGUACCGCGAAAUGUCGGGUUUUGCAAGUGCGAAUCGACGAACCGUCAUCGGGGUGGAUGGAGAACGAUUUAGAGGUGCGGGAUUGGGCACGUGAAGCCCCUCGUAAAGGCCACGGAACGGUGGAUGGUUUCAGCGAACGUCUGGAUGCGGAGUUGGCAAAAAUGGACCAUCUUCUUGCGUUUUUUGGUCAGAGACGAUGGGCGAAAUCCCGGUGGGCGGGUUGGAUGGGUAAGCAGAGGGCGAUGAACACGCUAGCAAGUUGCAUUCACGGAGAUGCAGCCCAGCUCGUCGUAGGCUUUGGCGAUGGCCGUUUCAACCCACACAUUCGUGGUCAUCCGCCCGCUGCGGUGAAGGGUCUGAGGCGGGCGUUGACAAGAAGAGGUCGCAUGAUUGAUGUCAAUGAAUACAUGACUCACCAGUCAGGUAUGCUCAGAGUGUUCGACCACAAAUCUGCGAGCGACCCAUCACUACGUGCGAGACGGCGACGGAGCUCGGAGCGCCAGUUACUGGGUUAGGCCCCGGAACAUGGAAUAUCGGAAUACGGAAUACCCAUUUUUGGGAGCGGAAGAAUCCGGAAUACCCAAAUUUGGGCCUUGGAAUACUAGAAUACAGAAUACAGGGCUCUUCCGAGCAUACUACACAAACGACAAACGACGGAAAAAUUCUUGACUUCGAAGUAAAAAGACUUCCAAAGCAUGCUUCGAACGGAAGAAGAUUGUAAAAGAACUCACACGACAAGCGCACUCCUUUCGUACCUUUCAAAAUUGUCAAAAGUCACAUUUGCGAAACGGAAUACAAAAUACUUGAGCACCCUGGAAUACGAAACACUGCCUUUUUGAAAGCUUGGAAUACAGAA